ACCCACUCCAAACUUUCCGCUAUGCCGAGGGUUAAGCGCCACAAGGCCGCUAAGGAAGUGGUGACUGAAAUAAUGGACGAUAGUCAGGGGAAAGGAGAAACAGUGGAGCAUAUUGAGCAGCAUACAUCCACACAAGAGACGAACGCGGACGUGGACAUGGAGGAUUGUAUUGUUGUCGCACCCUAUGUCCGACCGUCCAAGUUCAGGGAGGCUACCAUGAACUCUACAAAUUCGAUACGCCCCCCACCCGACGAGCAGUGGGCAGAACUGGGGAUUGACCAUCUUUUGGAAGGCUAUGAUCAGGAGAAUAGUGCCCGCCCCUCACUGCAUGCUGCAAGGAAGGGUAUGCCUCGAACCCAGUCAACCUCCGCUGUCCCUACCGCAUCGGAUCCAGAGCUCGCUUUGAAGAGAGAGCCGAGUGCAGCUACAACUCGUGAAGGCCACUUUGGGCGUAUCUCCCGAGCUGUGGCAUCCUUUUUCCAAGCUGCCUCUUUCUCAUCGCUUGGGAAGCGCAAGGCUGGACAGGAUACCGCGGAGACCGAUGCCACUGCAGAUGUCGAUCGAGGUGAUGCAAAGGAACGCGCAGAGGCUGCAUAUGCCGAAGCCAUGGCUCGGGGUCUCUUGCCCACACCGAAGGUGUUUGUGCGUCCGGUAGCAAGGGCGCGGACGCAAGGUGUCUCGCCCCACUCAACACCUCAUGGCGUCCCGGCUACACCCAAUGCCGCCCAUCUCGUUCCCCGCACACCAACACUCUACAAGUCCCCCUCGAAGAAAGACUUCCAGAAACAGAAGAAGCUCAACAAACGCGUCUCCGAUCUGGAACACAAACUUUCCGAGGCACGAAGGGAGCUCGCCAUGACCCUAUCCCCCGAAAAGGCGCCUCCCCUCCCAUCCAUCCCCUCCGAUAUCAUCUCCCCACCAAAGACCGACCCGCCACCCAUGAAGCGUUUCUGGCACGACAAAAGCGACGUCCCUGAAACCUCGCCCGAACCAGCCGGCACAAACCGCGUCAUCAAAAAACGCAAAUCCAGAGGCCACUCCGACGACGAAUACAAACCCGUCGCCACGGACUCUGACUUCUCCCACGAGGGCGCCGGCAGCGAACACGAUACCAAGCGAGGUAAAUCCACACCGUCGAAACUCCGACGCAAAUCCUCGACGCGCUCAGUCAAGAAAGGCCCGCAGGUCGUGGUCGAAGAAGUCGCGUCGCAGGAAGACGUUGUGAUUGUGGUUCCCGAUGACCGUGUCGGCGUCCCGCCCAUCCCGGCUAUUCCGCAGAAUGUCGAUGGGAGACGCGCUUUGCCGAGACGCGAUGGGUAUGGCGGGUUUGAGCAUGAGAUGUUCUAG